AGUACGGACCCUUCCUCCGUUCUUCGUCUCUCACACCUUCAUCUGCUGAUCUCAAAGCACUCAAAAUGGCCUCUCUGCAAUCCAUUUUCCUUAAGCAGCGUCGGUUACGCCUUCUGUCAACCGCCGCUUUUCAUGUCCGCCUGGUUCACUUCAAGGUCAAAACCCCAAAACCGUCAACAGCUCCAUCUCCGCCUACACCACCGAAGCCACCUCAGAAGCCCGUGUCAUUCACCAUCCAUAACGAGACAUGGGAGGACCCUUAUAGCUGGAUGUCCAGCCUCGGCGACAAGGUCGCCAUGCGUCACAUGGACGUCUGUAUGGAGCAAGAAGAGAAGUACACCGAAGCUGUCAUGGCCGAUACAGAUCGUCUCCAGCGGAAGCUCCAAUCCGAAAUGGCAAGCCGAAUGGCCAUCGACCUCUCCACUCCACCCGUCCGCUGGGGCCCCUGGUUGUACUACAGGCGUGUCGAAGAAGGGAAGCAGUAUCCGGUGCUGUGUAGAAGGUCCGCGAGCUUAUACGAAGAGUUCAUUUCUUAUAAUUCUCCUUUCGCGGGUUUUGAUUACACAUCUGGGAAGCGAAUUGAGCAGAAGCUACUCGAUUACAAUCAAGAGGCCGAGAGAUUUGGAGGUUAUGCUUAUGAAGAACUAUCGGAAAUGUCCCCAAAUCACCGUUUUCUGGCAUACACAAUGUAUGACAAGGAGAACGACUUCUUUCGGUUAUCUGUAAGGGAUUUAACUUCUGGUUCGCUGUGUAGUAAGCCUCAAACUGAUCGGGUUUCGAACUUGGCUUGGGCAAAUGGUGGGCAAAUGUUACUCUACACUGUAACUGACCAUAAUAAGAGGCCCUAUAGGAUCUUCUGCAGCAUUCUUGGAACCAGUGAAGAUGAUGUUUUGCUUUUAGAAGAGUCAGAUGAUAGUGUUUAUGUUAAUAUUAGACACACUAAGGAUUUCCAGUUCGUGACUGUAAAUACAUUCUCAAACAGUUCUUCUAAGGUAUUCUUGAUAAAUUCUGCUGAUCCUUUGUCUGGCAUGACAUUGGUGUGGGAGUGUGAAGCACAAGCCCACUGCAUUGUCGAACAUCAUCGAGGAUUCCUUUAUCUGUUUACAGAUGCCGCAAAAGAUGGACAACCUGUUGAUUCCCAUUAUCUGCUCUGUUCUCCUGUUGAAACAUCUAGUUCCAGAUCUUGGGAGAGUGUAUUUAUUGAUGAACCAGAUUUUGUUGUCGAGGAUGUUGAUUUCAGUGAUACUCACUUGGUGCUCAUUUUAAGGGAGGGCAGGAUGUUCCGAAUUUGUUCAGUUAAUCUACCAUUGCCUAGUGGGAAGGGAGCAAUUCAUCUCAAGGAGCUCAAUCCACAAUUCCUACCUCUUCCAAAACAUGUUUCUCAGAUUUCGCCUGGACCAAACUAUGACUACUACUCCUCAACCAUGCGAUUUACAAUAUCCUCACCAGUGAUGCCUGAUGCUGUGGUGGACUAUAACUUGUCAGAUGGAAAGUGGAUUAUUGUACAACAACAAAAUGUUUUACAUGAAAGGACACGAACUUUGUAUGGUACAGCUUCUUCCAGUAGCAGCAUUGAAAAAUCACCAAGCUUAAAAAGUUUUGGUCUCACAAACGAGGUUAAUUGUGAAGAUGAUCGUUUAUGGAACGAACUGUCUGAGUUCUAUGCUUGUGAAUAUUAUGACGUCUCUUCACAUGAUGGAUCAGUAGUUCCUUUGACUGUAGUAUACUCACGCAAAAACAAGCAAGAGGGUGGGAAUCCUGGGUUACUUCAUGGACAUGGAGCUUAUGGCGAGUUAUUGGACAAACGAUGGCGCAGCGAGUUAAAAAGCCUUCUUGAUCGUGGUUGGGUGGUUGUAUAUGCUGAUGUAAGGGGUGGAGGAGGUAGGGGCAAAAAAUGGCACCAUGAUGGUAGACGCACUAAAAAGCAUAAUUCCAUUAAUGAUUAUAUUUCCUGUGCUAAAUUCCUAAUUGAGGAGGAAAUUGUGCAAGAAAACAAGCUUGCUGGUUCAGGAUAUAGCGCUGGGGGACUUCUUGUUGCUUCAGCUAUUAAUUCUUGCCCCGAUUUAUUUCGUGCAGCAGUUUUGAAGGUUCCUUUUUUAGAUCCCACCAACACUCUCCUCUAUCCCAUUUUACCACUUACACCUGUUGAGUAUGAAGAGUUUGGCUAUCCUGGAGAUAUUGAAGAUUUUCAGGCUAUACGGAAAUACUCCCCCUAUGAUAAUAUUCAGAAGGAUGUUCUCUACCCAGCUGUCUUGGUCACUUCAUCUUUUAAUACAAGGUUUGGUGUCUGGGAAGCUGCAAAAUGGGUUGCACGGGUCCGCCAAUGUACUAUUUAUGACCCUAAACACCCAAUUCUGCUGAAUUUAACAACAGAUAUAGUGGAGGAAAAUAGGUAUUUGCAGUGCAAGGAAUCAGCACUUGAGACUGCUUUUCUUAUCAAGAUGGUAGAAACCUAGUCAAUUCCCAGAAUCCCAACUACCUAAAAUUCCAAACAUGCCAAUUGAAUUUGUUGAUACCUGCCCAGAGUCAUAUGGUGGAGAUGCAUAUGUUCCCAAUGCUUCCAUUUGGGUAGACCCCGACCCCCCCUAUGGAGUCCCAAAUAUUCAGUGGUCUGGUG